CUGAUGUUUAGUCUACCAAGGGACGCCAGCACCACCUCCUUCCUCUGACGGAUGAACUCCGCCUCGCCGGGGCUCAGAGCGUCGCUGGGCCCGCGGACAAGCUGCUGGGAGAACAGUGGAAUGACAGAGAGUAUCUUCUUCUCCUGUCUUUCUUCUCCGAGGCCUUAGGUUUCCAGUCGAUGUCACAUCUGACCCUGUGGAACCAUCCAUGGCUGCGACUGAGACACAGGGGCCUGCAAGUAUCCUUCUUUCCCACCAUAGAUCUUGCAUGAAUGCGAUUAAUAAGCGCGUAUGCACUGUGCUCUGGAAAUCUAUCUCCCAAAAUCGUACUCCCUGUCCUUUUGGUGAUCCAUGUUGACAAGCUGAACUCUGCUGUCCUCACCCUUAUCUCCUUCAUGGAGUGAUAAUAGUCCGGUAUAAAUGGUGGGCGAGUUCUGUGGCGGAGGCGUUAGGUCGAGGAUCCCUACCCGUCCCCGACGUUGAAUCACCAUGCCCUACAACGGGUGGCGAACUGGCUGGGUCACAGCAGCCUACGUUUGUGUUUUCACCCUAAUUACACAAACGCUCUUUCUCCCCGUUGAGGCAGGGGGCGCCACAGGCUCUCAACCACAGGUGAGCCGUUCGCGUUCCGAAUUAGCGUUUCUAUGACGACGGCCCUCCUAGAGUCAAACCAAUGUUUUAAUUGUUGCUUUUAGAGUUAAAAUUAAUGGAUGGUUUAAUAUUAUGAUUUUCUGCAUGCUUUUCACUACAAAUAGCAAUGAUCCAUGUAUGGCGUUUGUUAAAAAAAAUAUAGAAACAUUAUUUUGAAGCUGAUCUUGCUCUGAAGAAAAGUGUGGAUUUCGCUCUAUUGCCUACGAAUAACAUUAGGGCCUGUAGAGGACGACGAGCAUGAUGAAGGACGCUACAAACAAGGAACCAGCCAGUCUGCUGUCCCUCGGAGAACAGCAGUUUGUCUCAGAGAGGAAGGAGGGGAUCAGGAAUUCACUCCAAAGUCUGGGGAUGCACAUUAAUGCGGACUCGGUGCCCCACAUCGCCCUGCUGGGCUCUGGGGGGGGGCAGAGGGCAGCUGUGGCUCUCCUGGGGUCUCUCCAGCAGAUGGGGCAGGACGACCUGCUGGACACCCUGCUCUACAUGGGAGGAGUGUCUGGGUCUGGCUGGGCCAUGGCGUCCCUCUACACCGACCCCCAGUGGAGCACCAACACGGCCGCAGCUCUGGCCAGGCUGACCCAGCCCGGCCCGGAGGUGGACGACAUCAUGGCCUGGCUGAAGGUCCGGUCGGAGCAGGAGGACUUCUCCCUCUCUGACCUCUGGGGGUCCCUCCUCUCCUCCAGCAUCAUGAAGCAGAUGGACCGCACGCGCCUCUCCGACGAGGCCAAGAGACAAACCACCAACCCGUAUCCGGUCUACAGUGCGCUGGAACAAAAAUGCUACUUGGACGGCCAGACAAAAGGCAAAUGGUUUGAGUUGACUCCUCAUGAGUCGGGCUUCACAGAGCUGAAUCACUUCACCCCCACCUCCCUGCUGGGCCAUAGACCCUCAGACAGUGGGGCGUCUGAGGGGGAGAAGGGCGUGAAGGGGGGGAAGGAGGAGGUGAUGGAGGUGGAGGCGGAGGAGGAGGUGAUGGAGGUUAUGGGGGUGGAGGAGGUGAUGGAGGUUAUGGAGGUGGAGGUGUCCGGGAUGGACAUGGUCACCCUGCAAGGUAUAAUAGGCAGUGCAAUGGCAGAUGAACAGAAGAUGCUGGCGCAUUUGCCGGAUUGGCUGAAAAAUAUUCUUGACAUCCACUCUUCCCCGUCCGAGGGAGCGGUGGAUAGCCAGGAGAGGAAGACGAAGGUUGACGCAUGGAUGGAGAAGGUCCUGAAGCCGAUGAGGGAGGGGCUCCUCGCUCUGCCAGACGGCCCUGUCAAGGACGUGGUCUCGUGGGUGGUCUUGAAACUCUUACCCUUGAUCACCGAAUGGAAAUGGGGAACCACAGCCAACUUCAUCUAUCACAGCCCAGACGAGUUCAUUCCAGAGUGUCUGAGGUCUACGGAGAACCUCCAGCUGGUUGACGCUGGUCUGUUCCUGAACUCACCAUACCCUCCGUUCCUCGGGCCCAAGAGGGACGUGGACCUCAUCAUCUCCCUGGACUUCUCCCUGGGGCAGAGCCUGAAGAGCCUGACCCUGGCCAGGGAUUAUGCAGUCGAGGUGGGGAAGCCGUUCCCAGUGAUAGACGACACGGUCCUGGAGGAAAUGGACUGGCCCAGGGACUUCUACGUGUUCCCGGGAGGUCGUUCCGCGCCCACCAUCGUUUACAUGCCUCUCUUCAACCAAAGGAACUGCAGAGACGCAGCCGAGGUGAAGUCCAAGAUGGCGGAGUACACUACAGUCCAGAUGCCAUACAACCAGAAGAAGAUAGCUGGCAUGUUGAAGAUAGCCAUGGACAACAUGAAGAACAACAAAAACAAACUGAUGCUCGAGAUGCACAGUGCUGCUGUUCGCAAGCAGGAACGCAGCGUGUUGCGGGUACUGGACUGGAUGCCUGGACUCUCCUCAUGGAUAACCGGCCAGAACCCCAUCACCAUUUUAAUAUGAUGUGCAUGUAUUUACCUGUAUGUCAAUUGUGGCACCCAUUGCACUCCUGACCAUCCCUGGAAGAAGGGAUCCCCUACACUGCGUUUCUUCUCAAGAUUUCUUCCUUGCUGAUUCAAGGGAGUUUUUUCUUGCCCGUGUGGGGGCAUGGGUAAAGGGGGGUGGCACAAAUAUUUGGCCCGUUAAGUCCUUUGGGACUGUAAUGGUGAUUAAGGGCAAUACAAAUAAAAUGUAAUUGAAUUGAA